CAUGCCUCUGUCAUAUUCUAGUUCGGUCGGUUCUAAUUGUCGCUUACGCUAAAUACUUCUUUCUCUGGUAUUAAUAAAAAAAAACCCGGAACCCGGUUUGGACGUUGGGACCGUAGCAUGAAUUCGGAGGAGCCGGUUUUUGCUGGCACGAGUUUAAUCGAGCAUGUUACUCCGUCAAAUGAUGUUACUUGCAAAUUGUGGCGCUUUGACAUUACGUGCGUUAUUUGUGGGGUUAAACGUGAGGACGAAAAGUUGAUAUUGUUUACUAAAAAGUCAUUGGAAAAGUGCAUUGAAGUGUUGAAAAUUCGGCAAGACAAUGGAUUGAAAUUUAGAGACAUCAUAUUGCCCUCUUCUGUCAAUCUGACCGAUGGAUAUCAUGUCAAGUGUUAUGGAACUUUUACGGCAUUGAUGAGGAUAUACCGUGGGAACGAACAAUUCUUCAAGGAAAAACGAAUGAAGCCAGCAAUCAGAUGUGUCCUUUGCACCAAGUAUGGCAGCAAAAGACCAACAUUAUUCAGCCAAACGUUAAUGGACAAAUGCAAUGUUAUGUUACAAAUUCGUAAAGAGUAUCAGCUGAAAUUCAAACAUGUAAUUUGGCCAUCCAGCGUUGGUCUGAGAGAUAGGUACCACGCUAAAUGCUAUAAGAGACUAUCAACUUUGAUACGUUUAUCAAAAAUUAUAUGCGUUUUUUGUGGUGUACGUAAAGACUCAAGAACAAUAUUAUUCAACGAAAGGUCCUUGGAAAAAUGUAGUGAAGUAUUGAAAUUUCGUCAAGACAAUGAAUUAAAAUUCGCCGAUGUUAUUUUACCGUCUGCUGUCAGCAUCACCGAUGGAUAUCACUCCGAUUGUUACAACACCUUCAUUGAACUGACCUCCAUAAUCCCUGAAAAUCCCAAAUCGAUUUCUGCCAGCGAAUCCGCAGCACUGGAACCCUCCACCUCCGAGCAAAGCCCUCACGCUCCCGGGGAAUUCCAUCAGCUGUUGAUAAAAACCGAGCCCCCAUCGCCAUCAGCUGUCGAUCCAGAGGAGAAUUCCGAGUCCUCGACGAUCACAUGUGUCAUUUGUGGCCAAUGCAGGGGCGAGAACACGAUAUUAUUCACAGAAAAGUCAUUACAGAAGUGCAGUGGUGCAUUAAAAGUUCGUAAAGAGAAUGGAUUGAAAUACAGGGAUGUCAUUUUACCGUCCCUUACGAGCCUCACCGAGGGCUACCACCCCAAGUGCUACGGCAACUUCACUGCAUUGAUGCGUUCAUACCGUAAAAAACCUGAAUCCAUCACGGAAGAAGAACCCAGAGCAGCCACUGAUGCUCUGGCUGACAAUGUCGAGGGACAUGUCACGUCUACAAGCGUCACGUGUAUCCUCUGUAAUGAAUAUACGGACGAAAAAGCGCUGGUCUUCACCGAAAAGUCACUGCAAAAGUGUACGGAGGCCUUCGACCUUCGUAAGGACAUGGGAUUGAAAUUCAAGAAUAUUGUCUUGCCCUCUGCUAUCAAUGAGACCCAUGGAUACCACCCCCAGUGUUAUGCUAACUUCACUGCAUUCAGACGUUCAGAUCGUCGAAAAGUCGGAUCCACUUCUAGGGACCACCCCUCAACCAUGGAAGCUGCCCCUACACUUGAAAAUAUUCAUAACAAACAUGACGAAGUACUGAUGAACAAGCAGCCAACGUCGUUGUCUGCUGAUCCCUUGGCGAAUAACCCGAGUGAAACUGAGACGUCCCCUGACAUCGUGUGCGUCAUCUGUGGUCUACGUAAAAACUUGAGAUUGAUUUUAUUUACGGAAAAAUCAUUGCGAAAGUGUCAUGAAGUCCUACGAAUUCGUAAAAAGAAUCAAUUAAAAUUUGAAAAUGUAAUUUUACCGUUAAAAGUCAACACCACCGAUGGAUACCAUUCAAUAUGCUACAAGAGUUUUAACGCAUUGACGCAGAUACAUCGCGAGGAGAUGAAAUCCGCUAGGGCAGCACAAUUUGGAACGAUGGAUAUUUCACGAGCUAAUAAUCUGGCGAAGAACAUCGAGGAAUACAUGACGCCCUCUAGGAUCGCGUGCGUCAUUUGUAAUGUUCACAGGGACGAAAAGUCAAUGUUAUUUACACAAAAGUCACUGCAAAGAUGUAAGAAAGUCCUUCAAAUUCGUAAAAAUAAUAAAUUAAAAUUCAAAAACGUUAUAUUGCCCUUUUGGGUCAAUACGACCGAUGGAUACCAUGCCAAGUGUUACAAGUACUUUACUACAUUACCACACACAUGCCGUGAAAAACCCAAAUCCAUUCCUAAAGAACAAUCCAAAACAUUGAGAACUCCAUCAUCGGCAGAUAAUAUCCAUCAUCGACGGCCUCCAGCCCUGGUGAAAAUCCAGCCAUCGCCACCAUCAGCUGAUGACCCAGUGGAGAAUCUGGGGAAACAUAUGACGUCUUCCAAGGCCAUAUGCUUCAUUUGUAAUGAAUACAGGAAUGAAAGGUCGAUAUUAUUUACCGAAAGAUCAUUGCAAAAAUGCAGGGAGGUACUGAAAGUUCGUAAAAACAAGGCAUUAAAAUUUGAAAACGUUACUUUACCACCAUGUAUCAAUAAUACCCAUGGAUACCAUUUAAGAUGCUACAAGUAUUUUACAACAUUACCCCAUUCAUAUCGCGAUGCGCUAAAAUUCGUUAAUGAAGAUCAAUCCGCAACGUUGGGAGGUGCAACUGCAGGAGAAAAUAACCAUCAACUAGUGACGAAACCACAAUUAACAGUUGAGCAUAUCCUAGAAAAUUCUGACCAGAAUGUAGCCCACUCUCAGGGUAGAUGCGUUGUUUGUGGUGAACAUAGGAAUGGAAGACGAGUGCUAGUUUUUACAGAGACAUCACUGCAAAGAUGCAAGAAAGUGUUACAAGUUCGUAAAAAGCGAAAAUUAAAAUUUGGCAGUGUAAUCUUACCCUCUUGUGUCAAUAAUAUUGAUGGAUAUCAUCCCACGUGCUACAAAUAUUUCACUGCAUUACCAAAUUCAUAUCGUGGAAAAAAAAAAUCUCAUCGCCACCAUCACCAAACUGUAUCGACGCCGUCAGCUGACAAGUCUUCUAAGAUAAUAUGUGUUAUUUGUGAUAACUACAGAACCGAAAGAUCAAUAUUAUUCACGGAGAGGUCAUUGCGAAAAUGUAAGGAAGUACUGGAGAUUCGUAAAGAACAUAAAUUAAAAUUCAGACACAUCAGCUUGCCAGCUUGGGUCAAUACUAGCCAUGGAUACCAUCCCAGAUGUUAUAAGUACUUUACAGCAGUGCCAAUGGCCCAUCGCGAAAAAUUCAGAUCCAUCAAUGGAGAGCACCCCUCGACGCUGGGAGUUUCAACUUCAGUCGAAAAUACUCAUCAAUUCUUGAUUAACAUGCAGCCAUCAGCUGAUCGUCCAGCUGACGAUCUUGAUGAACAUAUGGAAUCUUCUGACAUCACGUGUGUCAUUUGUGAGGAAUACAAUGGUGAGAGAUCAAUAUUAUUUACAGAAGGAUCAUUGCAAAAGUGCAAGGAAAUCCUGUUAAUUCGUAAAAUCAAUGAUUUAAAAUUCAAAGACGUACUUUUGCCCUCUUGUGUUAACACUACUGACGGGUACCAUUACAAGUGUUAUCAUUGUUUCAUUACGUUGCCGCAUUUAUAUCGUAAGGAAUCGCAAUUCGCUCCUGGAGAGCAGUCUACACAGCUGAGAAUGUCAGGUGGAGUAGAAAAUAGCCAGAAUCUGUAUUAUCAAGUUCUGCGAAGAAUGCACGCAUCAUCGCCAUCCGCUGAUGAUCCCGCAGACAACCUGGAGGAAUAUACGACUUUUUCCAAGAUAACGUGCGUUAUUUGUGAUGAAUCUAAGAAUGAACGAUCGAUAUUAUUUACAGAAAGAUCGCUGCAGCGAUGCAAGGAAGUGCUGCAAGUUCGGAAAGAUAAUGAAUUGAAAUUCAAAGAGGUAAUUCUGCCCUCUGGGCUCAAUACAAUUGAUGGAUAUCAUCCGAAGUGUUACAAGUACUUUACUGCACUGCCGCAGUCAUACCGACCGAAAAAUAGACCUCAUCAACUUCAAAAAUCACAACCAGGAUCACCAUCACCUGAUGAUCUAGUAGAUAAUCUGGAGGAAAAUACUUCUUCCCAGAUCAACUGCGUCAUUUGUGAUGAAUAUAAGAAUGAGAGAUCGAUAUUAUUCACGGAAAGAUCAUUGCAAAGAUGCAAAGAAGUUUUGCAAAUUCGUAAAGACAAUCAAUUAAAAUUCAAAGACGUCAUCUUGCCCACUUUUGUCAAUAAUACUGAUGGAUACCACACCAAAUGUUACAAGUACUUCACUGCUUUGACACGCGGUUAUCGUCAAGGAACGGAAUCCGUUAAUGAUAAACAACCUCCGACGCUGGAAAUUUCAUUCACAGGAGAAAGUUCUUAUCAUGACCAACAUCAGUUAUGGAGCAACAACGAUACAACAGCAGAAAAUACAAAUGUUUUCCAAAAAAAUGCUGCCCUUUGUUUUUUCUGUGGAAGAAAUAAAAAAAAAUACAAGGGGACUACCGAGUCGCUUCGAAUGGGUGAUAAACAGUCUCUCAAAGCCAUUGUCGAAGGAUAUUCCACAGCAGUAGAAGAUCCGGACAUUCUGGAAAGAUUUGAUACUCUGGCUACACAAGAUGUGUCAUACCACAGGAGCUGCAAAAUGGCAUACCAUAAUAAAGCUAAACAACCCGUGGAACCUCCCCAAAUAGGUUGGCAUGUCAACAGGGAUCCCCAUCAGGCUGCCUACGCAGAAAUCUCCCAAAUUAUCGAAGACAACGUCAUCCAGAGAGGACAGUGUUACUUCCUCACGUCUAUCUACUAUUAUUAUCUGGACGCAUUGCAGAAAAUUGAAGAGGAGACCUUGGAUACAUAUUGCAACAUAUGUACAAAAAAGGAUUUAGAGGCUGAAGUAUUGAACACCUUUGGAAAUCGAAUUAAAAUGGUCACUGUGCAUGACAGGAGAGUCGUGUCCCCUCCAUAUCAUGAAGGAUUAGAUGACGAGGCUUUUUCACGUCUCGAAGAAGCAGAAAUUCUGCAAAAAGCAGCGUUAAUCCUGAGGAAUCGAAUUUUAGAAGUGACAAAUCAAGAUCUCUCAUUAAAUUCAACAGCAGAACUGUUGGUUCCGGAUGACUUGAAUGAUUUUUAUGUGACAGUAGUGGCUGGUACUGAUGGAGAAGGGCGGAAAAAUUAUGAGUGCAAGAAAUCCGCGGAGGCUUUAUCUCAAGAUCUUAUUCAGGCGGUCACAGAUGGAAAGAAACACAUGAGCAAGAAGAGGAAAACCCUCGCGUUGGAAUUGCCCUCGAAAAAUUCGGAAAACCAUCGAAAUACUGUAAAUGUUGUUAAUGAGUAUGAUGGUGACAGCAGUGAAGACAUGACAGAGGAACUUGACAUUGGGCCUGAGUUCAUAUCAAUGUCUCCUUCUAACGUCUGUAUUCCAGAACAUCAACCGUUGCCGGACCCUUUUGCAGGUGUUGAUGUCAAUAAUUCUAGUGAAUUUAUUCAACCAGUAGCUCAGGCAGACACUACGCAGGACAUUCUUGAGUUUAUUGAAGUUGAUGUAGAUGUGCCUGAUGCCGCUGGUACGGGUGGGGUUAUUAAGACAGAACCUACAAUGGAAAGUGUAGAUAAAACCAAGACGGGUGACGAUCAUGAUGUAGACGCGUUUGACUGAAUUAUCAAUAACACAACAGAAUCCAAUUCAAUGUAUUUUGAAGAUAAUUAAAUCAUAAUUUCUUAAAACUCCGAGUGUUUUUCAAGGUCUUUAUUUUGAUUGGUCC